AAGAUUGGAAGAAAUUGCUGCUGGGAAGCUACUGGACCAGCGAGAGAGACAUUCGUUAAGCUGGGCCCGGAGAUCAAGUCUUGUCUCGAUAAACGGAGCGAACCUCUACCCAGCUGGGUGACAUACUCGGUGUAUAUGAUUGGUAACUCCCCGAAGACCGCAUCACCAACCAUUGUAUUCUGUUCUAGCGAUUCCAGCCUGCGUCGUGAGAUUCGAAAGAUCGUCAAAGAGAGUGGUCUUCUC